UCUUAGUUCAUUUGAAUUUGUUAAUUCUUCUUUCCCUUUCUUGCUUUGUUGUUGGUGGACAUGGAAAGCAAUCAGAUGUUCUUCACAGUUUUUUCAUGGAUAAGUUGCAGAACAAAGCAGGGAUCAAAACAGAGGAAACAAAGAUCUUUAAUGAGGUUCAUGUUGAACCUCAGAAAGGGUUGAAGGAACAAGAUAAGAUUAAAAAGCUGCCGGGACAGCCUCCCGUUAAGUUUUCUCAAUACGGAGGUUAUGUAACUGUAGACAAAUCCGCCGGUCGAGCACUUUACUACUAUUUUGCAGAGGCUGUUAAGUACAAAGAUACAAAACCUCUCCUUCUUUGGCUUAAUGGAGGUCCUGGUUGUUCUUCUCUUGCAUAUGGAGCAAUGGAGGAGCUUGGUCCUUUUCGGGUUUACAGUGAUGGCAAAACACUCUACAAGAAUCCAUAUGCAUGGAAUUCAGUGGCCAAUGUUCUGUUCUUGGAGUCUCCGGCGGGUGUUGGUUUUUCAUAUUCGAACACAACAUCCGAUUACGCAAACAGCGGAGACCAGAGAACUGCGAGCGAUAAUUAUGUGUUCUUGGUUAAUUGGCUAGAAAGGUUUCCAGAGUAUAAGACCAGAGAGUUCUAUAUAUCAGGGGAGAGUUAUGCAGGACAUUAUGUUCCCCAACUUGCACAUCAAAUCCUCCAAGGGAACAAGAAUGCCAAUAGAACUAUCAUCAAUCUCAAAGGAAUAAUGAUUGGAAAUGCAGUAAUUAAUGAUGAAACAGACCAAAAGGGGAUGUAUGAGUAUUUUUGGACCCAUGCUCUCACUUCUGAUGAGGCUUACUAUUUAAUCAAGAAAUACUGUGAUUUCUCCUCAAAUGCAAACUCACAAAGCAGCCAGUGCAUCCAGGGUGCUAAUGAAGCCAAUAUAGAUACCUCUUCCCUUGAUAUCUACAACAUCUAUGGUCCAUUAUGUUUCUCCUCCAAUCUCACAGAUCCACCCAAAAAGGCGUCGGUAAUGAAUUUUGAUCCUUGCAGUGAUAAUUAUGUAUAUGCUUAUUUGAACCAUCCUGAUGUUCAAAAGGCUUUACAUGCCAAUGUUACCAAACUCAGCUUUGAUUGGGAACCUUGCAGUAAUGUAAUCACUGCUUGGAGUGAUAGCCCAUCGACGAUUCUUCCUCUCUUGAAAGAGGCCAUGGCUAAUGGAAUUCGAGUUUGGGUGUACAGUGGUGAUAUAGAUGGAAGGGUUCCAGUGACUUCAACUAGGUCAUCUCUUAAUACGCUUAGACUUCCAGUUAACACUUCAUGGUAUCCUUGGUUUGUAAAUAAUGAGGUUGGAGGGUACACUUUUGCAUACAAGGGGGAUCUAACAUUUGCUACAGUGAGAGGAGCAGGUCAUGAGGUCCCAAGUUUCCAGCCUCUGAGGGCACUUAUACUUAUCCAGCAUUUCCUUAGUGGGAAGAACCUCCCUAAUUCAUGAAACUUGGAGAAGACCAUACAUUGCUAAUUAGUCUUUUUU